AUUUGAAAUCAUUUUGACACGGGCAGCCGAAGCAAGCAGACCUGACGCAAUCAUAAGAUGAAGAUUAUAUUAACAUUGGCCGGGGUCUUGGCCCUUGCUGUCUCCACACCGACUCCUGCCCAAUCCAAGGUGGUCUGCUACUAUGACAGCAAGAGUUAUGUACGAGAAUCUCAAGCACGUAUGCUGCCAUUGGACCUGGAUCCAGCACUGUCCUUCUGCACACACCUUGUCUAUGGAUAUGCCGGAAUCCAGCCUGACACUUACAAGAUGGUGCCGCUGAACGAAAACCUCGAUGUAGACCGCUCCCAUGCGAACUAUCGGGCUAUCACUAACUUUAAAAGCAAAUAUCCCGGACUCAAAGUUCUCCUCUCCGUUGGAGGAGAUGCUGAUAAGGAAGAGGAACAGAAAUACAACCUUCUGUUGGAAUCGCCACAAGCUAGAACUGCUUUUGUCAACUCGGGCAUGUUGUUAGCCGAACAACAUGGUUUCGAUGGUAUCGACCUUGCGUGGCAAUUCGCCCGGAUCAAGCCGAAGAAAGUUAGAUCUACAUGGGGUUCCAUUUGGCACGGCAUCAAAAAAACCUUCGGCACUACUCUCGUCGAUGAGAAAGAGGCUGAACACCGCGAAGGUUACACUGCUUUAGUAAGAGAAUUGAAACAAGCCAUGACUCUCAAGCAAAUGCAGCUAUCUAUCUCUGUUCUACCUAAUGUCAAUUCUUCAAUUUACUAUGAUGUCCCCGCUAUCAUUAACUUAGUAGAUAUUGUAAAUCUACACGCUUAUGAUUACUACACUGCAGCUAGAAACCCUAAAGAAGCUGAUUACAGUGCACCUACAUACAAGCCUCAAAACCGUAAUGAGCUCCUCAAUGUGGACGCUGCCAUCUCCUACUGGUUAACGGGAGGAGCGCCCAGUUCCAAGAUCGUCGUAGGAAUCGCCACCUAUGCACGAACUUGGAAACUGGACUCUGACAGUGAGAUAAGUGGCGUCCCACCGCUUCACACCGACGGCCCCGGAGAAGCAGGACCAUACACAAAAACGGAAGGUCUCCUCAGCUACCCUGAAGUGUGCGCGAAGUUGAUAAAUCCCAACCACCAAAAGGGUAUGAGACCACAUUUGAGGAAGGUCACGGAUCCCAGCAAACGCUUCGGUACUUACGCUUUCCGUCUUCCUGACGACAACGGUGAUCCAGGUUUGUGGGUGAGCUACGAAGACCCAGACACGGCUGGACAGAAGGCCAGCUACGUAAAGUCAAAGAACUUAGGCGGCGUUUCCAUUGUCGACCUCUCAAUGGAUGACUUCCGCGGCUUGUGCACCGGUGACAAAUACCCGAUUCUUCGGGCUGCGAAAUACCGACUGUAAACCAAUAUUUAAUUUAGUGAAUAGUCAUUAAAAAAUUAUAUCUUGUUGACCAAGCUUCAACCACUUGUGUAAAGAUCAAUUUUGUAUGAUGAACUAAAUAUGUUAUAUUAUAAUCGAUGACUUCCUCGGCUUGUGCACCUUUGACAAAUACCCGAUCCUUCGGGCUGCUAAAUACCUGACUGACCAAUAUUUAAUUAAAUGAAUAAAUGUUCUAGUUAAGUAAAAUCCUCCUCCACACUCUGGCAACGUUUUCAGUUUAGUUAAAUGGCAUGGUCGUUUUAAAAGCACGCUAGUUUUAAGAAGUUGUAUAUCGUAUUGAAAUUUAUAUCUUAUUAAUAUAAAACUUUGACUCAACGAACUCCGCACAGGUCGUGGUAAAUAAUUGCGACAAUGUUUUUCUAUAUUGACAGCACUUAAUCAAUGAUAAUAAUCUUUUUAAAGUUCUCUGUUUAUAAAUCAAUUUUUUCUAAUCAAUUUUUUGUAAUAAAUAAUAUUCCUUAAGAGUUACUAAAUAUGUUUCAUCUAAUAAAUUUUCUUUUUUUUAUAUCUUGUUGACCAAGCUUCAACCACUUGUGUAAAGAUCAAUUUUGUAUGUUGAACUAAAUAUGUUAUAUUAUAAUCGAUGACUUCCUCGGCUUGUGCACCUUUGACAAAUACCCGAUCCUUCGGGCUGCUAAAUACCUGACUGACCAAUAUUUAAUUAAAUGAAUAAAUGUUCUAGUUAAGUAAAAUCCUCCUCCACACUCUGGCAACGUUUUCAGUUUAGUUAAAUGGCAUGGUCGUUUUAAAAGCACGCUAGUUUUAAGAAGUUGUAUAUCGUAUUGAAAUUUAUAUCUUAUUAAUAUAAAACUUUGACUCAACGAACUCCGCACAGGUCGUGGUAAAUAAUUGCGACAAUGUUUUUCUAUAUUGACAGCACUUAAUCAAUGAUAAUAAUCUUUUUAAAGUUCUCUGUUUAUAAAUCAAUUUUUUCUAAUCAAUUUUUUGUAAUAAAUAAUAUUCCUUAAGAGUUACUAAAUAUGUUUCAUCUAAUAAAUUUUCUUUUUUUUAUAUCUUGUUGACCAAGCUUCAACCACUUGUGUAAAGAUCAAUUUUGUAUGUUGAACUAAAUAUGUUAUAUUAUAAUCGAUGACUUCCUCGGCUUGUGCACCUUUGACAAAUACCCGAUCCUUCGGGCUGCUAAAUACCUGACUGACCAAUAUUUAAUUAAAUGAAUAAAUGUUCUAGUUAAGUAAAAUCCUCCUCCACACUCUGGCAACGUUUUCAGUUUAGUUAAAUGGCAUGGUCGUUUUAAAAGCACGCUAGUUUUAAGAAGUUGUAUAUCGUAUUGAAAUUUAUAUCUUAUUAAUAUAAAACUUUGACUCAACGAACUCCGCACAGGUCGUGGUAAAUAAUUGCGACAAUGUUUUUCUAUAUUGACAGCACUUAAUCAAUGAUAAUAAUCUUUUUAAAGUUCUCUGUUUAUAAAUCAAUUUUUUCUAAUCAAUUUUUUGUAAUAAAUAAUAUUCCUUAAGAGUUACUAAAUAUGUUUCAUCUAAUAAAUUUUCUUUUUUUUAUAUCUUGUUGACCAAGCUUCAACCACUUGUGUAAAGAUCAAUUUUGUAUGUUGAACUAAAUAUGUUAUAUUAUAAUCGAUGACUUCCUCGGCUUGUGCACCUUUGACAAAUACCCGAUCCUUCGGGCUGCUAAAUACCUGACUGACCAAUAUUUAAUUAAAUGAAUAAAUGUUCUAGUUAAGUAAAAUCCUCCUCCACACUCUGGCAACGUUUUCAGUUUAGUUAAAUGGCAUGGUCGUUUUAAAAGCACGCUAGUUUUAAGAAGUUGUAUAUCGUAUUGAAAUUUAUAUCUUAUUAAUAUAAAACUUUGACUCAACGAACUCCGCACAGGUCGUGGUAAAUAAUUGCGACAAUGUUUUUCUAUAUUGACAGCACUUAAUCAAUGAUAAUAAUCUUUUUAAAGUUCUCUGUUUAUAAAUCAAUUUUUUCUAAUCAAUUUUUUGUAAUAAAUAAUAUUCCUUAAGAGUUACUAAAUAUGUUUCAUCUAAUAAAUUUUCUUUUUUUUAUAUCUUGUUGACCAAGCUUCAACCACUUGUGUAAAGAUCAAUUUUGUAUGUUGAACUAAAUAUGUUAUAUUAUAAUCGAUGACUUCCUCGGCUUGUGCACCUUUGACAAAUACCCGAUCCUUCGGGCUGCUAAAUACCUGACUGACCAAUAUUUAAUUAAAUGAAUAAAUGUUCUAGUUAAGUAAAAUCCUCCUCCACACUCUGGCAACGUUUUCAGUUUAGUUAAAUGGCAUGGUCGUUUUAAAAGCACGCUAGUUUUAAGAAGUUGUAUAUCGUAUUGAAAUUUAUAUCUUAUUAAUAUAAAACUUUGACUCAACGAACUCCGCACAGGUCGUGGUAAAUAAUUGCGACAAUGUUUUUCUAUAUUGACAGCACUUAAUGAUAAUAAUCUGUUUAAAGUUCUCUGUUUAUAAAUCAAAUUUUUCUAAUCAAUUUUUUUUAAUCAAUUUUUGGUAAUAAAUAAUUUUCCUUAAGA